GAGCCUGCUGGAUGCGUCUCUCCCCACAGCAUGUGCGAUCUGUCCUCCGGUGCGAGUGGACACACCGAGUGCGGCUGACCAUGGGCGAUGGAUUAUCGUUCCUGGACUGCACGAACCAGUCGGUCGCCGAGCAUGGACAGCAAUCUGUUGAAAUCUCGGAACAGUGGGUGAUCGGCAUGGGGAUGCUUAUGGUUAUGAUAGUGGCCCUCAUUGUCGUCGGGAAUGUCUUGGUGAUCGUGGCGAUCGCCCGGAACCAGAGGCUACAGACUCUGACCAACUUGUUCAUUAUAUCUCUAGCCUGCGCCGACUUGAUCAUGGGCUUACUUGUUGUGCCUUUUGGUGCUGCCCUUGUGGUAAGGGGCACCUGGCUUUAUGGAUCUUUCUUUUGCGAGUUCUGGAUCUCCGUGGACGUCCUCUGCGUGACAGCCAGCAUCGAAACCUUGUGCGUGAUCGCAAUCGACAGGUACAUUGCUAUAACAUCUCCAUUUCGUUACCAAAGCUUGCUGACGAAAAACAGAGCCAAGGGUAUCGUUUGCGUGGUGUGGGCUAUCUCGGGCUUAGUGUCUUUUCUUCCCAUCCUGAUGCAGUGGUGGAGAGAUGACACCCCGAAAGCUAUCGCCUGCUACAAUAACCCCAAUUGCUGCGACUUUAUGACAAACCAGGCGUAUGCGAUAGCCUCGUCCAUCAUUUCUUUCUACAUUCCUCUGGUGGUUAUGAUCUUUGUCUAUGUUCGGGUGUUUAAAGAAGCCAAAAAGCAACUGAAGAAGAUUGACCAGUGUGAGGGAAGGUUUCAUAACAAUCCUGUUGUGGCCAACGUUAAGACGGGAAAGAGGAGACCGUCCAAAAUCCUAGCAAUAAAAGAACAAAAGGCACUCAAGACCCUGGGAAUUAUCAUGGGCACUUUCACUCUCUGCUGGCUGCCCUUCUUCUUGGUCAAUGUUGUGAGAGUGUUUUGCACCGAACUGGUGGACAGCGAUCUUUUCGUGUUCUUUAACUGGCUGGGCUACGCCAACUCUGCUUUCAAUCCCAUCAUAUACUGCCGGAGCCCGGACUUCAGAAAAGCCUUCAAGAGGCUAUUGUGCUGCCCGAAGCAGGCGGACCGAAGGCUCCACAUCAGCUCGGGGGAGUUGUCACACUACUCCGGCGGCUUUACGAGUGUGGAACCGAGCUUAAUGGCCACUUGGUCCGAGUGCAAUGGUCACGAAAGUAGCGACUGCAGCCUAGAACGUAGCGGCAAACCUCCAAGUACAGAGUCCAAUCUAUAACGUCCAGAGAGACCCGAAUUGGGGAUUACACGACCAAAACUGGCGUCGGAACAGACAAUAACGCGACGUAUAGAGAGCAUAAUGAGCAAUCCGCAGAACGUAAGGUAAAGCAAGGCGCUGCAGAUUGUGUGACUUGAAGGAACAAGGUAUGGACAAAGUCGGCACGCGCAAAGCGUUCGAGUUUGUAAAACAUAAAACACAACUUUCUUAAUGAGUAAAGGCAAGGCAGCGCGCCCUGCCACAUUCGCCGGAUUCCGGUGCGGAUCUACAGCUUUGCAGAUUGUAGAUCGAGAAAAUGCACUUCAGACGCCUCCUUCACGGGCAUGUUCCGUGUGUGUCCAGAGGAGACCUACCUCAGCUGUGCGCUGUACAGGGCAUUCCAAUUGUUUAUAUUAAACAGGUGAUCUGCGAAAACGGCUGCGUUUAAGCGAGCCAGGCUGCCAGCACUACUUUGCAACCCUUGCCACGUAAACCACCCGGUUGUCAUUUACGCGCUUAUCAAGGUGUAUGUCGGGGUUUAUUGGUGGCAAAAGAAUAAUGAAGUUAAUUGUGAAAGUAUAUGUUUGGCAAUCGAAAGCUGAACAGAGACGGACCCCGAACAUCGCACAGCCAAAUGUGCAAAAUCUACAAGUGUUACGAAUGGAUGACAUAUUUAAAGUAAGGUGCCAAUUUACUGCAAGUUAGGAGUAUUAUUUUCAUUUUUAUCUGUAAUUUUUCAUUUGCAUUUGGUAAUUUAUCAUUUCUAUGGCAGAAUUGUGUGUUGCGUCACCAAGUAUUUAUUAUUGUAUAAAGAGAAAAACCUACGAAUGUACAGUAUUUUGUCAAUGUGCAAUAAAUUGUUGAUGCACAGCGAAAGGGAUCGAUUGUGUUCAUUGAUCGAGCUCUGUCUAGAGGUUGUGUCUUCAUAUGCGUUAUGAUUAAAAUGUAUAAUACAGGCUUAACCACUAGGCACAGCACCGCCCUCCUUAGUUUAUGAUUUGUGGUUAUUAGAAACGUACUAUGUACAACUUAUUUUAUGACUUGUCCCUUGAUCUUCACACGGAGAUUACUGUCACACGGAAUGUCUUAAUUUGCAGAUUUAGGCUGCAGGGAGGCUCUCCGCGUUCGUCACAUUUUAAGGGAGGGUAACAUCCGCCCACUCAGCCACCCACCUUCCAAACUCGCUGUAUCCUGAGCAGAGUCGUGGAUUUAAAUGGACCCUGUGCCAGCAAGCAUCAGGUGCAAGGCAGCAAAAGCCCCUGACCAGGGCGCCAGUCCAUCGCAGGUCCUCAUAAAAACAACAGUUCAGUAAUGGCAUGUUAUUGGGUUGUGCGGAUUCUUCGUGGAACAAUUACCGGACAGAGAACCGUUUCAUUCUGGGAACGGUUUUUUUGCACAUGUUGUUUGGUCUUCUGCCUUUGAAAGGUUCUCAAUAUGUGGACAAAACAUAAAUCUUUAAUUUGUAGUAGGUGUCCUGGUAGGAUCGCGAAAAUCUGAAGUUAUCAU